GCGACUGGUGAGUGAAAACCGGAACUAAAUUAGGCAUUUGUUUGCCGACUACUAUUACUAAUUUACUUCCUGCAGGAGCAACGCCCCAUUCCGGAAAUCGCCGAUGAUGAGGUUCUGCUGGCGAUGGAUAGUGUCGGCAUCUGUGGAUCGGACGUACACUAUCUGGCCCACGGUCGCAUCGGGGACUUUGUGCUGACCAAGCCGAUGAUCAUUGGCCACGAAGCCGCUGGAGUGGUGGCCAAGCUGGGCAAGAAGGUGACCACCCUGAAGGUGGGCGACCGGGUGGCCAUCGAGCCGGGAGUUCCCUGUCGCUACUGCGACCACUGCAAGCAGGGCCAGUACAACCUGUGCCCGGGAAUGGUCUUCUGCGCCACGCCGCCCUACGAUGGCAACCUGACGAGGUACUACAAACAUGCCGCCGACUUUUGCUUCAAGCUGCCUGAUCACGUCAGCAUGGAGGAGGGAGCGCUGCUGGAACCCCUGUCCGUAGGAGUCCACGCUUGCCGUCGAGCAGGAGUGGGUCUGGGCUCCAAGGUGCUCAUCCUGGGCGCCGGUCCAAUUGGUUUGGUCACUUUACUGGCUGCACAAGCCAUGGGCGCUUCAGAGAUCCUCAUCACCGACUUGGUGCAGCAGCGUUUGGAUGUGGCCAAGGAGCUGGGCGCCACGCACACCCUGCUGCUGCAGCGGGAUCAGUCCGCCGAGGAGACCGUGAAGGUGGUUCACCAGACGAUGAGCGAGGUUCCGGACAAGGCCAUCGAUUGCUGUGGAGCGGAGAGCAGUGCCCGCCUGGCCAUUUUCGCCACUCGCUCCGGCGGAGUGGUGGUGGUCGUGGGCAUGGGAGCUCCGGAGGUCAAGCUGCCGCUGAUCAACGCCUUGGCCCGUGAGAUUGACAUCCGUGGCGUUUUCCGCUACUGCAACGACUAUGCCGCCGCUUUGGCUUUGGUGGCCUCGGGCAAGGUGAACGUGAAGCGUCUAGUGACGCACCACUUCGACAUCUCGGAUACGGCUCAGGCGUUCGAGACCUCCCGCCGCGGUACAGGCGGCGCUAUCAAGGUCAUGAUCCAUGUCCAGCCGAGGGACGCCAACAACCCAGUCAAAUUCUAAAUAUACACUCUUAUCUUUAAA